AUGGCAAGUUCUACUACCGAUGGAAAAGAUCCAAAUCGAGAUGACAUCUCAAUUAUAUCAUCGAUACCAACAGAAAGUGCAGAUUCUACAACGUGCUUACCACCAUAUUCAGCAUUAUUAUUUGUUAACGCUUCUUCUGUUGUGAUCGAAAAAAUCAUUAGUUAUUUAGAAUUAGAGCAUAAUGAUAAGAAAGACCAAAUUAUUUCAGAUUUAUUAAUGAAUGGUCGUCAAGCUCUCUACAGACACCGAGAAGACAUAAUUCCUGAAGUUCUGUCUCAGGAGCAAGAUUAUUCAAAUGAAGGAGAAAGUCCAUUAUUGAAAUUGAUUAAACAAUAUAUUACUGAAAAAUGGGAAGCUUUAUUAGUUAAUCAACCGAUAAUUGUUUCAUUUAUAAAUAAUGUAAAAAAAGAAAACUCAAUUCACUUUGACAAUGUACUAACAAGAAUGGCAGAAUAUGGCUUAAUCUGCACAAAAGCAUCACUUAUUCUGUCGAUUGUUUUACAACUCUUUUCUGAAAGUAUUGACGAUGAAUGUUACACGAAAACCAAUAAAUUUGUUGACUUGUGGAAUUCAAUUACUAUUGAUGGUAUCCAUGGUAUUAACACAGCUUCAGAAGAUAUUCCUGAAGAAGAAUUAAAUGAACAAACUAAUAAUAAAAACUCACCUGUAUAUCUAGCAUUAAGGAUGUAUUUUGAAGACGAAAUAAAACAACUAUUUAGUAAACUUAAAAUUCCUGACAGACAUAAUACACUAUAUGAUGUAGCAAUUGAUAAUGUUACGGAAAAUGGAUGGCUAGAAGGUAUUAAAUCAAUCACUAAGAAGAUAACUAAAACACAUUAUAAUUUAUUGGCUGAAUCAAUACAAGCGCUGAUUGAAAAGCAACUUUCAGCUCGAUCGACUCAAGGUAACUUAGAAAUCUAG